AGUGGGCUCAUGGCCAAUCCCUCAUGAAAUGAAAUGUUGCUUAAAUCGAAUUGCGUCCGGAGCCAAACCAACAUAGUGUCAUCUUUCUCUUUAAUCAUGCCUUAAUUUUACAUGCAUGCAUUAUCAUGAUAUUGUAUAAUUCAAAUUAAACUAACUUAUAUAUAGAUAUAUGCUUUACGUAAGUUUUAUCAGCUUAACAGCAGCUGUGAUAUUCUGAUGAAUGUAAAGCAUAGGUAUCUCUGUAUUUAAAAGUUAGGGUGGCAAUUUGAUCUCCAAGCCGUUGAUGCAUCUUCUCCUGGCUUCAUUUCUCGCUUGACGACGACGGAACCGACCAAAAUUUGAAAGAAUCUGAGUGAGAGGCCCGACUGAGGGACAACAUGGCGGCCACCACUACAAUCCCCUGCCGCUUGCCUCCCGGAGCCGUCGGCUGCGGCUUCCUCCUCUUCCGGCCGCUCCCUGCUCGGGUUUCCUGCGGCAGAGCUUUCACGCUGCACCCGUGUCUGCGUCGGCGACACAGCUCGAUCUGCUUUGCGCCCAAGGCGGUGGCUGAUGAUCAGGCCAACGAUGGGGAAAGUGAGUCAAAAGAAACAGAGGAGCUGCGUAUCUCGUCGUCGGCGGAGAGGAAGGCGCGGAAAGAGGCAGAGCGGCGGACGUACCUGAUCGCGGCGGUGAUGUCGAGUCUCGGCAUCACUUCCAUGGCGGUCGCGUCCGUCUACUACCGCUUCACCUGGCAAAUGGAGGGAGGAGAGGUUCCGGCGACGGAGAUGUUGGGGACGUUCGCUCUUUCCGUGGGCGCAGCGGUAGGAAUGGAGUUGUGGGCGCGGUGGGCGCAUCGGGCGCUGUGGCACGCCUCGCUGUGGCCCAUGCACGAAUCGCACCACCGCCCGCGCGACGGCCCCUUCGAGCUCAAUGACGUCUUCGCCGUCAUCAACGCCGUCCCCGCCAUCUCCCUCAUGGCCUACGGCUUACUCCACCGCGGCCUUUUCCCCGGCCUCUGCUUCGGCGCCAAUCAUCAAUCCGUGCAGGGCCUGGGGUUCACGCUGUUCGGAAUCGCCUACAUGUUCGUCCACGACGGGCUGGUCCACCGCCGGUUUCCAGUGGGCCCAAUCGCCAACGUGCCCUACUUCCGCCGCGUCGCCGCCGCCCACCAGAUCCACCACACGCACAAGUUUGGAGGGGUGCCCUACGGCCUGUUCCUGGGCCCGAAGGAGCUGGAAGAGGUGGGUGGAUUGGAGGAGCUGGAAGAGGUGAUCAGCAGGAGGAAUAAGCUCUCCGGCAGAUAAAACUGAAGUUGUCUGUAUUGGUCACUAAUUGUCACUAUUGCUGUGUUUCGCAGUGGUACAAUUAUGACAUCCCCCAUUGAUCCUAUCCCUACACCUUGUCAUUGCUAGCAUAAAGUUCCUCCUAUAUCUCUGUAGGUGGCUUAUUACCAUACACUAUAACAACAGAUGCUAAAUUUGUCAUAAAAUUAUGACUACAAAAUGGCCGGAGGAAAUUACUAAAUUAGAAAUCCUUUUAUAGUUCAUACUGUAGCAAAUACACGUACGAAAUUUUUAGUAUGGCCUUUUGCCACGGAUUGUCAAA